AUGGCGCAGAUGAUGCUUGAGCCACCUACAAGAUGGUUCCACAGACGAAUCAAUGGAAUGGACCCCAGUGAAUGCAUAUUUGGUCUUCGAUAUGACCCCAAGAUUCUCCAUUGUGGCUUUUAUUUCACCAAUUUUGAGCAGGUGUGGGUCCAGGAGCUUGAUCGAGACGAGCUAGAAGGAAAGGCCAAAAGGAUAUCUAUUGAUGAUCUGGGCCAUGCCACCUUGUUGGAGCUACUACGGUCGAUCAACAAGGAGAUUCCCCACCGGCUCAAAUUCACAAUCUCGACAGAGUGCAUUGUAGUCGACGUGCCCAUUGGUUUGGAUUGGAAGUUUGAAUUGGAGCAGUUGCAGCCGGCCGAGACUAUAAAUUUCUUGACCGAGCUAACUUACCAGCAAUUUGCCCAUUCCAGCUAUUUGAACUAUAAGCUUCAGGGGUUGAAGUCAGUCGUCGGCGCAAAGGAUUCCUAUAUUAGAUUCCUCACGAUGAACUUUAAGCAGAGCCAUGGUGAUCAAGCGAUGAAAAAGUACAGAUUGAACCACGAUGAUGAAGCUGAGGGAAUCGAUCAAUUUGAAAGUGACAAGUGGGAGAAUCGAAUGCGAAAGGAGUACCGGCAUGUUUUGGAAUCCUCGGGACGGUCAAAGCACCAACAGUUGGGACAAAUUGUUCAAGACGCAGUAUCAAACGAUUGGGAUUUCGCGAAUCUGGUCUACCAGCUGCAUUAUAAUGAUGAUGAUGAUGAUAUAAAGCAGGAGGAGCAGGAUGAUGAAGAAAAAUAUGCAGCCGAUGACGAUGAGCUGCACCAGGGAUCGCAAGUGUCACCAAGGAAACGUAGCUAUCACACUUUGCAAAACUUGACGUCGCGGAAAAGAGUUGGACAACUAGGGAGUUUCCAGUUUAAUCGCGAGGGUUCGGACUCGGAUCCUGAGCCGCCCUCAAUAGAAAGCUCACCCAUGAGACGCCAAAAGUUGGGCCAGAUUGGAAAGCGGCGAUUGAAGCGUGAUGAUUCAGAAGCGUUUUUGGAAAACUCCCAAUCACCAUCACCAUCACCAUCACCAGCGAGACGAGCAAAAAAAUUUGGCCAGUUGUAA